GUCACAAACAAAUAUCACAGUGGAUGUCAUUUGUUCUAUUCCUGAUUUGUUUUGGAAAUUACAAAAAUAAAUAAACUGCAAAUAGGAAGUCUAUCAAAAGACGAUCAAAAAUCUAUUAAAUCUAGCAUAGUAACCAAAUAUUCACGCCCUGUGUAUUAGAACAGUAAAAAUAAUGUGAAAACUUGAACGUUUUGAGACGUAAAUCGUAAAAAUGUCUUCAGCACUCGAAAAUGAAGAUUUGGAGAAUGUGGCGCUCGUUAGAAUGGAGGACGUGCAGCCUUCGAGGGAUAGGAUAGACAGAACAAUAGAGAUACACAUCCCUCCUGCAACUGAGGAGGAUAUUUUCGAGGCCAGUCAUGACGAUGUGCUGGAUUACAACGAUUGUAUUGACGAAGACAGCGACUCAAAUAUUGGGAGUAUGGUGUCUGUGCACUCUGAGGAAUUAUGUGAUGAAGAGGAUGAAGAAGGAUGUAGUGACACUGAAGAGGUCAUUGUUCCCGAACUCUUGGAUCAGCCUAGAAUGAAGGACCCUCUGAGAAUAAGAACAAUAUCUAAAUCUGACCAAACGGACAGUUGGCCGACAUUGGAAAUAUUACCUGGUGGUGUCAUAAAAAGUUCCGUAGACUGUGAAAUGUUUCCGACCAAAACAGAUACCAAACCGGUGACCCAAGGAGAGAUGAUGUAUGCUUGUGCCAAAUGUUCACAAAUGUUUAAGUACCUAUUCUGCCUGGUUAAGCAUGUUAAAUGGCAUGAAGACCAGAGCAAAGUGAUGAGUACACCACAUUUACGGAGACUAAGUGAGUAUUUGAUUUUGUAUAUAGCUUUUUACCAUUAGUAUUAUAUCCUUGGUCGAUAUAUUAUGGC